UGGUUCCAAUGACAUUCUGGGCAGUUUUUCUCUGCACCUUGGCAGUAUCACUGCUCGGGGGGCUCUACGUUCUGGGAGCCUUUCGGAGACGAAGACCCAAUGAGCCGCCUCUGGACAAAGGCAUCAUUCCCUGGCUGGGUUACGCACUGGACUUCAGACAGGACAGUUCAGGGUUUCUAAGUAAGAUGCAGAGAAAACACGGAGAUAUUUUCACAGUGCUGAUCGGAGGCCAUUACUUUACCUUUGUGAUGGACCCCUUCUGCUUUGGAGCCAUCGUGAAGGAAUCGCGGUCUAAACUAGACUUUCUGACCUUUGCAGCUAAAUUGGUCCUCCGGGUUUUUGGCUACAAGUCCAACAAGGACAACAAUAGCGCUCUGCAUUCUUUUAACACGAAGCAUCUGAUGGGAGAAGGACUCAGUCUCCUGACACAAGCCACCAUGGAUAACUUCCAGAAGUUGAUGCUUUUCAAGCUGAGCUCAGGAGAGGAGAAGCAACCAUGGCAAGAGGCUGGCCUGUUCCACUACUGCUACAACAUUGUCUUCAGAGCUGGGUACCUGGCUCUGUACGGCACCGAGUCGUACCAAGGGACAGGGAACAAGGAGAAAGCUCAUGAGCAAGACCUCAUCCACUCCAACCAGCUGUUCACUGAGUUUCGGAAGUACGACCGCCUCUUCCCCCGCCUGGCCUAUGCCGUGUUGCCUCCCAAGGACAAAGUAGAAGCUGAGAGGCUGAAGAGGUUCUUCUGGGAUGCUCUGUCCGUGAGUAAGGACUCCCAGAAGGAAAAUGUCAGUAGGUGGAUAAGUGAACAAGACCAGUAUUUGGCAGAAAGUGGUGUCCCUGACUACAUGCGAGACCGCUUCAAGUUUAUGAUGCUGUGGGCAUCCCAAGGCAAUACAGGCCCUACUGCCUUCUGGCUCCUCUUGUAUCUCAUGAAGGAUCCAGAAGCUAUGAAGGCUGUGAAGGGAGAGGUAGAGAAAGUCUUGAGGGAGCAUGGCCAAGAAGUGAAGCCAGGAAGCCCACCGGUUAACAUCACCAGAGACAUGUUAGACCAGACUCCUUUUCUGGACAGUGCAGUGGAGGAGACCCUGAGGCUGGUGGCAGCCCCAAUCCUGAUCAGAGCCGUCCUCCAGGAUGUGAACCUCAAAAUGAGUAGUGGCAGAGAGUAUACUCUGCGCAAAGGGGACCGGGUGGCUCUGUUCCCACACCUCUCUGUGCAGAUGAACCCAGAAAUCCAUCCUGAACCUCACAAGUUUAAGUAUGACCGCUUUGUCAACCCAGAUGGAACCAAGAAAGAUUUUUACAAGAAUGGCAAACGGCUAAAAUACUUCAACAUGCCUUGGGGGGCUGGUGUAUCCACCUGUCCCGGGAGGUUCUUUGCUACAGCUGAAAUGAAAUUGUUUGUGUUCCUGAUGCUGACUCACUACGACCUGGAGCUGGUCAACGACAAAGAGGAGAUCCCAGCCAUAGAUUCGAGCCGCUGGGGAUUUGGAACCAUGCAACCUGUUCAUGACGUUCGAUUCAGAUAUCGGCCACGUGUUUGAGAAAGCUGUGGUGUGCUGUUUGUUCAGAUAUUGCUGUGAAAUAAACCGCCUGAGUUGUUGGCUGCUGGAUCCAUGUGGAGCCAAUGCCAAUGUGUUCUUAUUUGC